GCUUCAUGUCGACUCCAUUGAACGUGCAUUCUUAUCUUUUUGAUUAACAUAUGUAGUCAAUGUGAUUUAUUGUUAGCUGGAUUUUCUCUUGUGCUUUGUCUGCCACCCUAUAUUGCACCGGAUGUCGACCAGCUCAACGCUGGAAAAUGAUGUUGAAUCUGGGUCCAAACGGGCAAUUGCCCUCCUGUCGCAGCGCGACUUGGGACUCACUGUGCCAAUGAAUUUUGUAACUCAGCCUGGAGUCUCACUAACCGCCGCGUGUUUCCCGUUCGGACGAUAUACGGAUGUUGAGGCCGCGACAUGCAUUUCGAACUUGCUCAAUGCUGGCUUUCGCAGAUUCAUCGUGGAUCUAUAUUGGGACAGUGGCAGACAACAGUGGAGCUUUUGUCCUGUAGAGAUCCCUACCAACUUUGCUGGGAGCGGAACUCCGUCAUCGUCGUCAUCUCAAACGUCCAUUACCAGCUCGAGUGUUUCGCUCAGCUCGGUUCAACUCAAAGUUUCAAAGACGAGCCGUACAUCCGCAACGCACCACAGGAAUAUCAAAGCUAGAACAGCUUCAGAUGCUGCUGCUUCUUCUUCAACCGAAGCGGGAGCGGCUAGCACAACGGAAGGCAUAUCCCAGAAUACAUUUAAUGCCGCCUCAAGCGGCGCCGCGAGCUCUACUGUUUCAUCUUCGGCACAGCCAAUUGCUACGGAGGGGCCUGCUUAUCAACUUGGCAGCUACCUUUGUUCAACUACAAUGAAUCUCGAAAUGAUGACCAGCUUCCUUUCAAGGUAUUUGUCACAUACUCAGGAUACUAUUGCCGCUCAUCUGGUCAUCUUGAAUUUGAAUAUACAUGCAGCGUCUCCGCUCGAGUCACUAGGAUCGCCUGUCCCCAAUCCUCCAGCCUCGAGUCUUCCUCAAAACAGCAAUUUUAUCAGUAAUGCGCUUCAGGCGAACUUGUCUGCAUUUCUCUAUACUCCAUCGGAUCUUCAACACGACCGCGCAGACCUUGAAGAUAGCUGGUACGCAGCUCCAAGCAGUUUGCGCCCAGAUGAAAGUUAUCAGCAGGUCCAAGUCUCGAGUAAUGGCAUACACACUACUAUUGACGGUUGGCCAAGUGAAGGUUAUAUUGAAAUGCUGCAUCUGAAAAGAUUGUUGGUUAGCUGGGGUCAGUUGGAUCCUGAAAUGAGCGGCUACAAUUUUGCCGCUGAUGAGGGAACGAUAUUUCCUCAAGAUGAACUGGAGGUCUCUCACACCAUCGAGGUGUCUAAUUCGGAUGUUUUAACGGUUGGCUGCGUGUUUGACCCGAGCACGACAGCACUAUCCCAGCUGAAUAAUUCUUGGUUCAUCACCAACGGCAUUGUGACUCCUAAUGACCCCUUGGCUGUUACUGCAACGCUGAAUCACUCGCUCAGUCUUAUUCCAAACAUUACAGCAUGCGGAAUAUCACCCAUACUCAACAACACACUGCUGAACAGCACAGCCAAUACAAAUGUCUCACCGUACGAGGAUUUUGCGUAUGAAGCGACCUGGUCCUGGGCUCCGAAUGAACCGCGUAAUUCGUCAGAGGUUGUCAAUGAUGAUAGCGACGAUGAUGGAUCCAAUUUUCGUUGCGCAGUUGCCGAUCCCACUCUCAAUGGACGCUGGAGGGUAGAAGACUGUGAGGAGCAUAACUAUGCUGCUUGCCGAGUCGAGAGUCAGCCUUAUCAUUGGCAAAUCACGACUUAUGCAACGACAUUCUCCUGGGCGACAGGCGCGUGUCCUAAGAACAGCACGUUCGAUGCUCCGCGCACGGGUCUGGAGAACCUGUACCUGCUCUCAGCGAUUCGAAAACAGACUGACCUUGAAGGAAGAAGCGUGUGGGUCAAAUUCAACAGCCUUGAUAAAGAAUACUGUUGGGUGGUUGGUGGAUCGAACACCACUUGUCCCUAUGUUUCCGACUCAUUUGUCAAUCGUGAGCGUACGGUUUUGGUGCCUUCCAUUGGAGCCAUUGUUGUCCUCUUUAUCAGUGCCUUGACCUUGUUUGUCAAAUGUGCAUCUAACCGACGUACCUCUCAUCGGCGAAGGAAGAGUGACAGUGGAUGGGAUUAUGAAGGUGUCCCGUCUUGAGGAUGUAUAGGCCUUUUCGAUCUCCUUUUGAGCUAAUAUUUUUAUUGGAAAUUCUGUGGUAUGGCGUCUUGAGGGAUUGAUUUCAGUCCGGAUAUACCAAUUUGAUUUACGACCCCUGAAUAUAUUUGAAAUCUGGGGUUCAUGGGAGUCAAAACUUGUCGAGAAUAUGCAAGGUUGUUUACAGAUAUGCGGGGGUUGGAUAAUUAAACAAUUGAACAUUUCUCACCGGCAAUAUCUCUAGAUUGAAGCCUCACAUGUCAUUAAAUGGCUAUGAUAUCAUUCUGGGCUUGUAAUUGUUAGAACCAGACGGUCAUUAAGAAAUGUCAAAGAGCGUCAAUAAACUUCAAAAGUCCCCG